GACUUCGCCGCGCAUGCGCAGAGCCAGUUCCCCGAGCCGUGUCAGUGUGUGGCGAGGAACAGCACAUCUGAGCGCUUGCAGAAGAUUUUGCAUCCGGACCCAGUCUUCAGACAUCGGAGCGUGUUUUCUCGUGCGUGCACAGACGGAGCAUCAUGACGAGCAGCUCGAGGCGGAAAGAGGAGGUGCACGCGGUGAACGGAGGACUGAAGCAGUCCGCAUGGAGCAAAGCCAUCAGCUGCAAAGCAGUGUGGGACGAGAAGGAUGAGUUUUUAGAUGUCGUCUACUGGAUCCGGCAAAUCAUCGCUGUGGUGUUGGGCGUAAUAUGGGGUGUCGCACCUCUGAAAGGGUUUCUGGGAAUAGCCAUAUUCUGUGUCAUCAACGCAGGCGUCCUGUACCUGUACUUCAGUAGUUUCCAGCAGGUGGAUGAGGAGGAGUACGGAGGAACAUGGGAGCUCACCAAAGAAGGCUUCAUGACUUCGUUUGCUUUGUUUCUGGUGGUUUGGAUCAUCUUCUACACGGCGCUACACUACGACUGAGGACCGCAGGACAGACAGAGACAGACAUUUAUUUAAUGUGAUCUGGAAGGGCCGGCUGGAGAGGCGUCUGUAUGUGUUACCAGCAGCAUGCGUGCGCCUUGAGGAAGAGGUGCAUCGUGGGUAAAAUGGGUACAGGUUAAUAACCUACUCCAACCCAGGACUCGUUGAAUUUUGAAGCUGAUGUUGUCCAGUGCACUGCCAUGGCUAAUGGGUUAAUAACUGUUGAUUCUGUUUGUCCUCUCUGCGUUUUCUUGUUUGAUUGCCGCCGAAUCAAGCAGGAUUUAACUUAAUUUCUUAGUUUCUUUCACGAUUAGGUUCCAACACAGAUUGUCUUACUCCGUUAUGACCAGUCAAAAUCAAAUAGGAGUGUGUAAAUUCUGUACAAUUCAUUUUAUUGAAUCCG